CCCUUUCCCAACUCCGAACCAACGUUUAACCUGACCAACCCCGCUUCACUUCUUUCAAUCCGCCGGUUCACUUCCUCCGGUCCUCCGCUCCAAAGCCCAAAGGCAAAAAACCCUUUUGUCAGCCAUGGCAAAGCCUUUUCAACUCCUCCUUCUCUUCUUCCUCUUCUCACUUCACCGCCUAGUCCAGCGCUCCUCCGCCGCAUACUCCAUCGGCGUCAACUACGGUACCGUCGCCGACAACCUCCCACCACCUUCCAAAGUCGCCUCCUUUCUCAAAACCCAGACCACCAUCGACCGCGUCAAGAUAUUCGACGCCAACCCUGACAUGCUCCGCGCCUUCUCCAACACCGGCAUCUCCGUGACCAUCACCGUCGGAAACGGCGACGUUCCCUCCCUGGCCAAACUCCCCGCCGCCCAGUCCUGGGUCGCCAAUAACAUUCUGCCAUUUCACCCCCGGACCAAGAUCAACCGCAUCGCCGUCGGUAACGAAAUCCUCGCCACCUCGGACAAGAGUCUGAUCGCGCACCUUUUGCCGGCCAUGAAGGCCUUGAAGUCAGCCUUGGACUCGGCAAAUGUUACUGAUGUUCAGGUCUCCACGCCGCACUCCUUGGGUAUAUUGUCUAGCUCUGAGCCGCCGAGUUCCGGGCGGUUCCGACGCGGGUACGACAAGGUCGUAUUCGCUCCGAUGCUGGAGUUCCAUAAGCAAACCAAGUCCCCCUUCUUGAUCAACCCCUACCCGUUCUUCGGGUUCACGGCAAAGACCUUGAACUACGCGCUCUUCAGGCCAAACGGCGGCGUUUUCGACAACGUUACGGGGUUGAACUACACGAACAUGUAUGAUGCCCAAAUCGACGCGGUUUACUCGGCGAUGAAGAAGCUGGGGUACGAGGACGUGGACAUUGUGGUAGCCGAAACCGGGUGGCCCUCGGCUGGCGACCCGACCCAACCCGAAGUGAACUUGCAGAAUGCGUUGUCGUAUAAUGGAAACCUCGUGAAGCACGUGAACUCCGGGAAAGGAACGCCGCUGAUGCCCAACAGGACCUUCGAGACUUACAUUUUCGCGUUGUUCAAUGAGAAUCUGAAACCGUCCACUUCGGAGCGGAACUUCGGGUUGUUCAAGCCGGAUCUUUCUCCGGUUUAUGAUGUGGGCAUUUUACGCGACGAGCAGGCGUUGGGCCCCGCAUCUGGUGGUGCGGAGGGGCCAUCAUCGGCCCCUAUUGCGGAGGGGCCGUCAUCAGCCCCUGCUGCGGAGGGGCCAUCAUCAGUAGCUGUUGCGGGGGGGCCAUCAUCAGUCCCUGUUGCGGGGGGGCCAUCAUCGGCUCCAGCUGGUUCUUCGAGCAGGAAGUGGUGCGUGCCCAGAUCGAACGCUAGCGAUGAGGCGCUGCAGGCGAACAUAGACUUCGUGUGCAGCAGAGGAGUGGACUGCAAGCCAAUACAGGAUGGUGGGCCCUGCUUCAACCCCAACACCGUGAGAUCACAUGCAUCGUACGCUAUGAACGCUUACUAUCAGACCGUUGGUCGCCACGACUAUGACUGUGAUUUCACUCACACCGGAGUCCUCACCACCACUGAUCCCAGUUACGAGGCUUGCACGUACCCUCUGGACGGGAAAAAGUUGGAGAAGUCGGUGUCGACGGCGGGAGGCUCGAUAAAAUAUUGUAGCAUGGCAAAGAUAUUUGUUGUAUUAAGCUGCUACUUUAUAGGGAUUCAAUUAAUUUAGGGUUAAAAAUGUGUUGGUUUUUGUAAUGUAGUUUAGUGGGUGCGUGGGGUAGGUACCCUUUUAUUUUUUGGGGCUGCCCAACGGCUAGGGCGCUUUUGGUAAAUUCAAAUUUUCGAAACCUUUACCUUUGCAGAUGUUAUUAUUUUGUGCUCCUUUUGUUAA